AUGGCGGAUGAGAAAGAGAAGGAGGCUGCAGCUGUCGCUGAGGAACAGGAACAGCCGAAGGAAUUCGACGAUGUCCUCGGCGCCAUCGGCGAAUUCGGCAGGUGGCAGCAGAUCCUGUUUGUCCUGGCCUCGCUGAUUGGAAUCAUGACCUCCAUGAACAACUUAGCCCAGGUAUUCUUGGCCGGGGAGGCUGACCACUGGUGCCGCGUGGCCCCCUGGGACCAGGCCAACUGCACCGAUACCGGUCCGCCCGACGACUGGGAAUGCCUCCUGGAGAAACGCAACGCGUCCAUCCCCCUGGUGACCAACAACAAUAGUGACAAAGCCUACGACCAAUGCGAGAUGUACGACAUUGGAGAGAAGCCUUUCAUUCCCGGGGCGAAUUCUAGUUUCUACGAAACCAGCAACACCAUUAAGUGCGCCGAUGCAGACGGUUGGGUGUACGACACAAGACAGUACCAGACAACUAUAAUUACUGAAUUCGACCUGGUAUGUGACGGGACAAGCUUGGUCAGUCUGGCUCAGUCGAUCUACUUCGCCGGAUUGCUGGUUGGAUCGUUCGUAUUCGGUUCUUUGGCUGACUUGUUGGGUCGUAAGCCUUCAAUCUACAUCGCCACCACACUUUUUCUGGCAGCUACUCUGGGUAACGUCUUCUCGCCCAGCAUAGUCGUGUACAUGGUGCUGCGUUUCUUCGUUGCGGCCGGGGGAAUUGGGGCUUACCUGAUGUCUUUCGUUCUUGUCACUGAGUUCGUUGGCCCGAGCAGGCGUGUCCUUGUUGGUAUCUCUGUCCAGUUCUUCUUCGCAAUCGGCCUCACAGUCCUGCCACUACUUGCCUUCCUCAUCCGCACCUGGAGAUUUCUGCAACUCUGUAUCUCACUUCCCACUGUCCUGUAUUUACUUCUGUACUUUUAUAUGCCCGAGUCGGCUCGUUGGCAGAUGUCCAAGGGGAAAUACAAACCCGCCGAGAACACACUGAGGAAGAUAGCUGCGACAAACAAGAAGGAUUUCCCCGAAAAGAUGUUCUCACCGGAGAGCAUCGCAGCUUCCAUGGAAAAAUCGUCAUCGGGACAGCAAACAGCAGUUGGAUUGUUCCGCACCCCAAACAUGCGCAUAAAAACAUUGAAUUUAAUGUUCAAUUGGUUUGUGAAUAGUUUGGUGUACUACGGUCUGGGUCUAAGCACCUCUAAUCUUGGCGUGGACGACUAUCUCGCCUCGGCUCUCGCAGCGCUGAUCGAGUUCCCCAGCUUGAUCUUCUGCAUCUUCGCACUGCAGUACUUUGGGCGGCGAAUCAGCCUGAGCAGUACCAUGGUGAUAGGCGGCAUUGCGUGCGUUAUCACUGCAUUUCUGGAAAUGGGGGUCGCGCGGACGGUUAUCGCGAUGAUCGGAAAGUUCUGCAUAGCCGGUUCAUUCGCUAUCAUCUUCGUGGUGUCAGGAGAAAUUUUCCCAACUCCCGUUAGGAGUGCAGGGAUGGGCCUGUCUUCCGUGACGGCACGCAUGGCUGGCAUCCUCUCCCCGUUCAUGCUGGACCUGGAGGACCUGUGGGCGCCGCUGCCGUUCGUGCUGUUCGGGAGUCUGUCGAUCGCUGCCGGCCUGCUGGCCUUACUGCUGCCGGAGACGAGGAACACGAAGCUGCCGGAAACGCUGGAAGAAGGAGAGGCCUUUGGAAAAAGCUAUUCAGAAAUUGCCUUAUCUGACAAAAGACAAGCUAUUGCCAGUGUUUCACUUGAACUAGUUCCAGCCAGAAUUUUACUUUUGCCAACAGGCCUACUGCUUCCAUGCGCACUGUGCAUUAUUGCAAUAAAUUAUGUCAUGUGGUCCUCAAUUUUCUGUGACAUUGACACUGCAAGUCUGGAGGUCGUUGUCUUGGACACAGCCCCGACGGCAGAGUACAAGACCCACAUGUCGCCCUCGGAUGUCUCAGCCCCUUUCCUACGUUCUCUUCGUUCCCGAGCGCACACCUCCAAGAUGCAGUGCCCGGUCCUGGAGUCACCAAAUGCCAUCAAGGGACUCUGCGCUGCAG